GAUUCGCAUUUGGGGGAAAGCCGGAGCGAAGGAUUCAGGAAAGCGGCAGGAUCUGCUUUCGGUUUCCCUUUAUUUUUAUUAUUAUAAUAUAAUAAUACUGAUUAAUAAAAGGAAGGUGCGAAGAGGUUUCCCCACACUCGGAUUCCCUCACUGCCUGCGGAGAAGACGGGGUCUCCCCUCCCCAUUUAUAGAUCACGGACAUCCCUCUUCCAGCCUAUUUAGGAUCUGACUGGAAGAAAAAGCAGCGGAGAUCACCCGUCGCUGCCGCUGCUCCAACUGCGAGAUCCUUAGAAAAGGGAUCGCCUGGGCAUUUUGGAUUUGCUGACUUUUCCGUUUUCCUUUGGCGCUUUAAAUCUGCUAAAGCUCGCCGAAAGCUGGUGACUUUUAAUUCUAGGGGAAAUAAUUUUGUUCUAGCAAGAUUGGAAAUACAACCCUCCCGUUCCCCUAGGGAAAUCUCGUUGGAUCUUAGGAACUCUUUACUCCACCCCGUUCCACAAUUUCCAAUAACUUCGUCGCAAAUAUAUAUAUAAAUAUAUAUAUAUUUCUUUUCUUUGCCCAUCUUUUGGGGAGAUCUUCCUCAGAGCCGGUUGGCUGCUAAAUUUGGAUCGGAGUGAGGCAAGGUGGGGGCCAUCGCCUGCCCCUCCGGAGGCUUGUUUCCAGGCUGGUAGCAGAGAGAGAGAGAGAAGACAGCCUCCUCCUUUAAAAUAAAAUAGAAAAUCCCACCCCAAAACCUACACCUCAACUUCCUUUUCCAGUCGAGCAUCGAAUCGGUGAAUCUUCCUCGGGGGUCUCUGCUGCUGUUUUCCACAAGGACCUUCUGUUUUUAUUCGCUGUCCCCUGCUCGACACCAUAGAAGAAGGGCGAAAAAAGCAAUUUUCAGCGGUGGGCACCUCCUAGAUCUUCCUGCUGCUGCCGCUUUCGCUAUGGCCCGCCCAGCCACCCAAAGUAGCCCGACUCCUAGCCCCAUGCUCGCCUCUCCUCCUUUGGGACUAGCCACCCCGAGCUCCGCGAUGGUCAGUCUCAAGAGCCUCCUUCAGGGACCGGUCAAAAGUCCCGACCGCCGAGGGGCCAAGGACCUGGGCUCAUGUGUCAUCAAAGACAAGGAACGCAAAAUGGAGGACGACCUGAGCAUUUCGAGGCCUGGGCACUGCGCCUACCUGGGCUCCCUUUUGUGGGAACGCACGCUGCCCUACAACGAGAUUGAGUAUGUUGACUUGGACGAGUUUUUGCUGGAAAACGGGCUGCCCCCGAGCCCAGCUCACCAGCCCUUCUCGCCGGGGAGCCAGCCCACUGCCUCGCCUUCCAGCGGGGUGGUGGUGGACCUUAGCCGGCCAGCCUCUUGCGCGUCGUCAUCUUCCAUCUGCUCCUCGUCUGGCGAAGGCCUAGUGGGUAGCGAUUACGACCACCACGGCAGCAGCCAGACAGGUCCCGUAACACCUGUGUCCCGAAGCACGCCCAGCCCUGUGGACCCCGAGGGCGUGGAGGUCCUCAUGAACUUUGACCCUGACCCUGCCGACUUGGCGCUGUCCAGCAUCCCGGGGCACGAGACCUUCGACCCCCGCAAGCAUCGGUUCUCCGAGGAAGAGCUCAAGCCACAGCCCAUCAUGAAAAAGGCACGGAAAAUACAGGUCCCAGAUGAUCAGAAGGACGAGAAAUACUGGAACAGGCGGUACAAGAACAACGAGGCAGCCAAACGCUCGCGGGACGCCCGCCGCCUGAAGGAGAACCAGAUCACGGUCCGGGCAGCCUUCCUGGAGAAGGAGAACGCCGUCCUGCGCCAGGAAGUGGCCAACAUCCGCCAGGAACUGACCCGUUACCGCAGCAUCCUCUCCAAGUACGAAUCGCAGCACGGCACCUUGUAAGGCCCGCGGCAGCAGACGGCUGCGCUCUUCUCCACCGCUCCACCGCUCUGACGCGGUGGGGCCACCCUGGUUUUUCAACCCUGACCCCCGUCUUCCCGAACCGGGCAAACAAAUAAUCAAACAACAGAUGUUUGGAAUAAGGGGAAAGGUCCCGAGACGGACGAUUCCCCACGUGCGGGGACUGCCGUGCUCCAGGUACUCGACAGAAGGGAUAAGACUUCCUGGGUUUGGCCUGAGCUGACCCUCGCCAAGAAAAAGGGCAGUGACUUGGGAGACGUUGAACUGGGCAUCGUAGGCACACGAGACACACCGCGAACACACAAGGGCUCUGUAGCACACUGGAAGAUGUAUUACACACACACAGACACACACGUGCACACAGUACCCAUUCUCUCUCUCUCUCCACGUACAUGCUAGAGUUUGGUUCGUUGGCAGACUUUUCUCUCCAAACGGCAGAAUUCAGCCCCAGAUUGCUGCAGCUACUCACGUCUGCUUGCCCUGUUGUGGCAUUUGGCUCAGUGGCACAGUUGGCCCAAGGAGGCAUCAGGGUGCCUGUGCUUGCUUGCUUUUUUCUUCCAACAGCAUCGCUUUUCAGUGGACAUUUCUUCUUCUUCUUCUUUUGCACACAAUUUCUUCAACUCCUUUCUCCCGUCGACUCUUUUGUCAGGGUUGGUGGGGAAGGACACGAGAAGGCUGCAAAAGUGGACCCCCCACCCCCGAGCCGUUCUGGGCUCCCAUCUCGCAGCGGGUAUCGAACCACUAAGCCCUCCUCCCGCUGCACCCUUUGCAAAGAGAACUUAGAGGAGGCCUGGCACCCUGAGAAAAAAGAGGACACAGGAGCGUUGUUUUUCUCUCUCUUCCUUUUGAUACCAGUAAACGUCAAGACUUCUGCCUGCGAAAUGCCAAAUUAGAAAAACGAAAAGAAAAAAACGGGUUGUGCACUCAAUAUUUUCCCCCCACAAUUGGACAAAAGGGGCUUUGUGUCAGAGGGCAGGUGUAUGGGUUGUUAGUUGAAUGAUUACGAUUAUCUUAUUAUUACUAUUAUACCUGUUUUUAGUUAAAAGGCAAGUGAUGGUUUCUGUUAUUUUCCCCCCUUCCACCACACCACACUUUUCCUCAUGUUUGUGUCCAACACUGUCUGAUGUACGUCAUAUGUAUAGAAACUAAAAGAAAAACGAAAAACACAGAACCUCAUUGGUGACCCUCCAUAAAUAUGAACAUAUAUAUAAAUAUAUAUAUAUAAUUUUCUCUUUUUUUGUAAAGCAAAAAGUAUAUAUAGAGGCUCCAGGAGAGACUUGAGAGAUUAUGUUCUUCUUAAUUGGGGAAAGGAUGGUUCUUUCGUACAGAAAGUGAAUGGGGGGGGGAGGGGGGAAUACGGUAUUUUUAUCUCCUUUGGGGAGGUUCCUAGUCUUUUUAAUUUUCCAUGUAACAGUGUUGCUGAAGACUUUGGGGGAUGAAACCACCGGACUUGACGGAAGGCUUUUAUUUCGAAAGGAUGUUUACACAGUUGUAUACCAUGAGCAAACUAGGAAUAAAGAAAGACAGGAUUUUAAAAAAAGAACGAACGAAA